GGUAACUGCACAACCUGCGACGGCAGAGAUGAUAGCAAGGAGUACGCCAAUAUCCGUUCGGCAAUGAAGGUCCUUAUGUUCACCGACACGGAGAACUGGGAGAUCUCCAAGCUGCUGGCUGCCAUCCUGCACAUGGGGAACCUGCAAUAUGAAGCUCGGACCUAUGACAACCUGGAUGCCUGCGAGGUUGUUCAGUCGGCAUCGCUAAUCACUGCAGCAUCGUUGCUGGAGGUUGACCCUCAAGAUGUGAUGAACUGCCUUACCAGCCGGACUAUAAUCACCAGGGGUGAGACUGUCUCCACCCCUCUCAGCAUGGAACAAGCUCUGGAUGUGAGGGACGCUUUUGUAAAGGGAAUUUAUGGGAGACUUUUCGUGUGGAUCGUGGAGAAGAUCAAUGCUGCAAUUUACAGACCUCCUUCCCAGGAACUCAAAAGUGUCAGGAGAUCCAUCGGCCUCCUUGACAUAUUUGGUUUUGAGAACUUCACUGUGAACAGUUUUGAGCAGCUUUGCAUUAACUUUGCAAAUGAAAACCUGCAGCAGUUCUUCGUACGCCACGUCUUCAAAUUAGAGCAGGAGGAGUACAACCUGGAGAACAUCAACUGGCAGCACAUCGAGUUCACUGAUAACCAGGAUGCCUUGGAUAUGAUUGCCAUCAAGCCCAUGAACAUUAUCUCCCUCAUUGACGAGGAGAGCAAGUUCCCUAAGGGCACAGAUGCCACCAUGUUACACAAGCUGAACUCCCAGCACAAGCUUAACACCAACUAUAUUCCUCCGAAGAAUAACUAUGAAACCCAAUUUGGCAUUAACCACUUUGCUGGAAUUGUUUACUACGAAACAAAAGGUUUCUUGGAGAAAAACAGGGACACGCUGCAUGGAGACAUCAUUCAGCUGGUGCACUCCUCAAAAAACAAAUUCAUCAAGCAGAUCUUCCAAGCAGAUGUGGCAAUGUUUCUCUGUGGCUAUGCAUCCAGCACAUUUGGCCAGUCGCCCACACCCACACCAAAGGGAGCAGAGACAAGGAAGCGCUCGCCGACGCUCAGCAGCCAGUUCAAGCGGUCCCUGGAGCUGUUGAUGAGGACUCUCAGCGUGUGCCAGCCCUUUUUUGUCCGUUGCAUCAAGCCCAAUGAGUACAAGAAGCCCAUGCUGUUUGACCGGGAACUGUGCGUCCGUCAGCUGAGGUACUCGGGGAUGAUGGAGACCAUCCGGAUCCGCCGAGCUGGCUACCCCAUCCGCUACACAUUUGUGGAGUUUGUGGACCGGUACCGUGUCCUCAUGCCUGGGGUGAAGCCAGCAUACAAGCAGGGUGACCUGCGUGGGACAUGCCAGCGCAUUGCUGAAGCGGUGCUCGGGAAGGAUGAUGACUGGCAGAUUGGCAAGACAAAGAUAUUCCUGAAGGACCACCACGACAUGUUGCUGGAGAUUGAAAGAGACAAGGCCAUCACGGACAAAGUCAUCCUCAUCCAGAAGGUGGUCCGUGGCUUUAAAGACAGGUCCAACUUCCUGAAAGUGAGAAAUUCAGUCCUGAUGAUUCAGAGAUACUGGCGUGGACAUAACUGCAGGAAGAACUACGGUGCUAUGCGGAUCGGCUUCCUGAGACUUCAGGCUCUCUACCGGUCCCGCAAGCUCCACAAGCAGUACCACAUGGCUCGCCGGCGGAUCAUCGAGUUUCAAGCACAAUGCCGAGGUUAUCUGGUCCGUCGAGCUUUCCGCCACCGCCUCUGGGCUGUCCUCACCGUCCAGGCGUACGCCCGGGGCAUGAUCGCUCGAAGGCUGUAUAAGCGCCUCCGGGGGGAAUAUCAUCGACGUCUGGAAGCAGAGAAACUUCGACUGGCAGAAGAGGAACGACUCCGAAAGGAGAUGAGUGCCAAGAAAGCUAAAGAGGAAGCAGAAAAGAAGCACCAAGUACGUCUGGCCCAGCUGGCACGGGAAGAUGCAGAGAGAGAAGUAAAGGAGAAAGAGGAAGCACGUCGGAAGAAAGAGCUCUUAGAAAAAAUGGAGAGAGCUCGUAAUGAGCCCGUGAAUGACUCGGACAUGGUGGACAAAAUGUUUGGAUUCCUGGGGACCACCUCCUCCCUGCCUGGCCAGGAAGGACAAGCACCCAAUGGCUUUGAGGAUCUUGAGCGAGCCCAGAAGGAGCUGGAGGAAGAGGACCUUGAUGCAGCAUUACCUCUCCCUGAGGAAGAGGAGGAAGACCUCUCAGAGUACAAAUUUGCCAAAUUUGCCGCCACGUAUUUCCAGGGCACAACAACACACACCUACAUCCGCCGUCCUCUCAAGCAGCCUCUAUUGUACCAUGAAGAUGAAGGAGACCAGUUGGCAGCACUUGCUGUAUGGAUCACUAUCCUCCGUUUCAUGGGAGACCUCCCUGAGCCGAAAUAUCACACAGCCAUGAGUGAUGGUGGUGAGAAGAUACCAGUGAUGACAAAAAUCUAUGAGACUCUUGGGAAGAAGACCUAUAAGAAAGAACUGCAGGCUCUGCAGGGAGAAGGAGAGAGUACUCACAUUGAUGGGCACAAGAAGAACAGUGUGCGGCACAAACUGGUCUCCUUAACACUCAAGAAGAAAUCCAAACUGACGGAGGAGGUGACAAAGAGACUUCACGAUGGUGAGUCCACGCUCCAGGGUAAUAGCAUGCUCGAAGACCGACCCACCUCCAACCUGGAGAAGCUCCAUUUCAUUAUUGGUAAUGGCAUCCUCAGGCCAGCCUUAAGGGAUGAAAUCUAUUGUCAAAUCUGCAAGCAGCUGACCCAGAACCCAUCCAAAAGCAGCCACGCCAGGGGCUGGAUCCUGAUGUCCCUCUGCGUGGGAUGUUUUGCUCCUUCUGAGAAGUUUGUGAAGUAUUUAAGGAACUUUAUCAAUGGAGGCCCACCAGGUUAUGCUCCCUAUUGCGAAGAGAGGCUGAGGAGGACGUUUGCCAAUGGGACAAGGACACAACCACCCAGCUGGCUGGAGCUGCAGGCAACCAAGUCCAAGAAACCGAUCAUGCUGCCUGUCACAUUUAUGGAUGGGACAACAAAAACGCUGUUGACCGACUCUGCAACAACUGCUAAAGAGCUCUGUAAUUCUUUGGCCGACAAAAUCAGCCUGAAGGAUCGAUUUGGCUUUUCUCUUUACAUUGCACUUUUUGACAAG